GCGCGGAUUGAGUCAAGUGAACCUACCGUGAGGUGGUGUUUGACCGUCCGCUGCAGGUUUUCAUCUCAAAAAACCUGAGCUGUUCCUUUCGGAAAACUGACAGUAACGUUAAAAUCUUUAAUCUUUUUUAUCGGAAUCUUCACCGGUGCCGGAGGUGAAGGUGAGGCGGUAGAAAGUUAAAACGCAAGAGUGAAAGCGCCUGGACUGAAGCUUGAGGAUCAAAGCUAAUGCUAAGCUAGCAGUUGCUAAAUAAUUACACGAAACUCGUGUCAUUUUACCCGUCGUUUGCUUUGUCAUAACCGCUGAUAUCACAACGUAGGCAUUUGAGGGUUAUUUUGAGGGUGUUUGGCACAUUAGGUUGAAUUAAUAGGUUUGUUUGCUUAUAAAUCUUAGGCCACAAGCGAUUCAGUAAGAUCAGCUACAACACCCGGUAUUGCUGAGGUGACACCGGCUUCUUUUGCUAAAGAUAGCGUACUCGAGAAGUUCACUUCGGAUUGUGUUAGUGUUUUAUUACUUCGGAUACUUUUGGUACUGUCCACGCGGCGUGUUUCGCCAUGCUGAAACAACAGCAACCCAACUCCGGCGGGAGAAAGGCGUCUAAUGGUACCACGGGCCCCGCCGGUAUGUCUUCUCCAGUCAGCGGCGGCAGCAACGGCAACAGGACGCCGGCCGGGAGGAAUCGACCUUCUGCAAAACCAUCAUUCCAGUCUUCUCCUGUUUUUGAAGGUGUUUACAACAAUGCUAGAAUGCUACAUUUCCUCACAGCUGUUGUGGGAUCCACUUGCGAUAUAAGAGUGAAGAAUGGAAGUGUCUUCGAAGGUAUAUUCAAGACGCUUAGUUCUCGGUGUGAGUUGGCCGUGGACGCUGUGCACAAACGCAGUGAGGAUGAUGGCUCGGCUCCUCCACGCAGGGAAGACAUAACCGACACCAUGAUCUUCAGCCCUUCAGACCUGGUUACUAUGAUAUGCAGAGAUGUAGACCUCAACUAUGCCACUAGAGAUACCUUCACUGACACGGCCAUCAGCUCCAACCGCGUCAACGGAGAACACAAGGAGAAGGUGCUGCAGAGAUGGGAGGGUGGAGACAGCAAUGGCGAGAGUUAUAACCUGGAUGCCGACACCUCAAAUGGCUGGGAUGCCAACGAGAUGUUCCGUUACAAUGAAGUGAAAUAUGGAGUCACAUCAACCUAUGAUUCCAGCCUUUCCAUGUAUACUGUGCCACUCGAGCGAGGCAACUCUGAGGUCUACCGUCAGCGGGAGGCGCGUGCUGCUCGCCUGGCCAGUGAAAUCGAGUCCAGCCCGCAGUAUCGCCACCGAGCCAACCUGGAAAACGACGAGGGCAAAAGCGAAGAGGACAAGUACAGCGCCGUGGUGCGUGACGGCCUCGAUCGGGAGAGGGGCCGCGAGAGCCCCCGUGAACGCGAAAGGGGCAGAGACAGCCCCGGAGCCAGGGAGGGCAAGUACAUUCCUUUACCUCAGCGUCAAAGAGAGAUGAACCGAGAGCGGGAGCGAGCUGAGAGAGGCCCAGGCGGUCCUCCGCCUCACAGCCGUCUUAGUGGAGGUUAUCGCUCCACCCCUCCAUCCUCCUCGUCUCCCAGACCACCGCUUCCCUCUGUAGGCGGUCCCCAAUCUGGUGCCUCCCCCUCAGAGAGAAGCAGCCCUCUGUCGGGCCGAAGCGGAGCCUACGCACCCCACCACCCACAGGGAAGCCCCAGCCCGGGCCCCGGCUCUGGACCGGCCAGUCCGUACACACCUGCCUCUCCAGGUGUGGCACCCAACUCUGCAGCCUCCAUCUCUGCUGCCCCAUCACCAACCAGCCCUCCUGCGCCCCACGGACACUCAGUCCCACAUUCCCACUCACUGCCACACUCCCUGUCAGAGGCCAGUAGACCUGUCAAUGGAGUGUCUGCCAGGACUUCUCCCAAAGCCCAAAGACCUCCACAGUCUAGCAGAACAGUCCGUACGCCAAACUCACACGCCCAGUCCACUGCCAUUCGCUCGCCUAAAUCAGGCUCCUCCCAGGACACGCCUUAUUUGGACACGUCGUCUGUCUCCUUGCCUGCCCAGAAGACAUCAGGCCCCGCCCCCCUCUUCACUGUGGAUGUUAAUGAGAUCCUUUGCGCCGCCGCCAAAGAGCGCUCAGCCGAGAGCCCCGGCAGCAUGGAGGACAGCAAGAGCAGUAAAGCUCCUUCAGUUCAACAGCGCUCACAAAUUGAAGAGCUGCGGAAAUUUGGCAAGGAAUUCCGGCUCCAGCCUAGCGGAGGCAACUCCAGCUCUCCGAGCUCCCCCGCCGCCGCCAUGCCCCCCGCUCUCGGCGAGGUCGCGCAGGCCAGCGCCGCCAAACCUUCGGAUCCUCACGCCGCUUCAGAACCCAAAGCGCACGCUCCCACCCCCAGCCCCUCACAGCCGUCACCGCUCGCAACGGAUGACGCCUCCAAGGACGCGACUACGACGGCCGCCCCGAACACCACGGGACCCAGUUCAGAUGGGCAGUCACCAGUUGUCCCUCAGCCAGCUAGAACACCUGGAAGUGAGGAGGGCAGGGCGGAUGCGGCAGAGCGCACGGAGGGCGUGGCAGACCAAGUGAAGAAAUCCAAUUUAAACCCCAACGCUAAAGAAUUCAACCCAAUCAAACCUCAGAUGCCAAUGACAAAACCCAACACUGCACCCACCCCACCCAGACCCACUCCUCCCAGCCCUGUUGUCCUCCAGCACCCAGGCGGGCAGGGUCCACUCUACAACGCCCCCUACCUGUCUUACGUGUCCCAGAUCCACUCUGUCCAGACUCCACAAAUGUACCAAUACACUAUGUCUGCAGUGGGCCAGGGAAAGUACCCCAGGACCAAAGGCUCUGUGGUGGCACCGCGCUCCGACCACGGCGCAUCAGCACCCCCCAUGCUUCAAGCGGCGGCCUCGGCAGCCGGCGCCCCCUUAGUUGCAUCACCGUACUCUCAGUCCUACCUCCAGUACAACCCACAGCAGUAUGGCCAGCAGCAGGUCAUCCAGGCCAUGACGCCAUACCCUGGACAGAUACCUAUGUACUCUAUGCUGCAAGGUGGUGCUAGGAUGAUAGGUCAAGGCGGCGGUCCGCACCCACAAGCUCUCGGACCUCCGGGAGGCCCACAGUUCCCUCCUCAGGGAGAUGGACCCCAGGGACCACAGCAGGGCAUCUACGCGCCACAGUCCUUCUCCCACCACUCCGGGGCAGUACAUCAACCCCAGCCAUCCAGUACCCCGACAGGCAACCAGCCCCCGCCACAGCAUGCUGCACCCAGCCCUGGACAGAAUGCCCAAUCAGGUCCCCAGCCCCAGUCCCUGUACCACUCGGGUCCACUGUCGGCACCCACCCCUCCAAACAUGCCACCAGGCCACACGUCCCCACAGGGCUCCUACCCCAUUCAGGGAUACAGCAUCCAUGGCCACCAGGGCAUCCCACCCACAUACCCCCUGGGUCAGCUCGCACAGGCCCACGUACAAGGAGCCAUGUCAGGUCCCCACCAUUCAGGGAGCCACGGUCAACCCCAGUUAGUCAUGCUCCAGCCUCCCCCUCAGCAGGGACCCGGCUCGGUCCCCCAGCACCCGCAGCACGGCCCACAGCAAGGAACACACCAACACUUUUACAUAGGCCAUCCUCCAGCAAUGCAGGUCCAGACACAUCCCGCCACCUUCCAUCCACCUGGAAACUAGACUUGUCCGAUCCUCAUCCUCCUAGAAAUGAGACGUGACUGAACAUAUAAAAACAAGACUGACAGAAAAAGUGCAGCGGGGACCGGACUAAAGUCUCAUAGCACCUUUUUAUCUUCUGUUGCUGUUUUGGCCCCAGAAGAGGAGGACAUUUUUUUUUAAGAAAAACAGAUGAUGGCAGAACAACAAUCCUUCUCUUCUCUUCAACUUUUUUUUCCUUUUCUCAGAAGCAUGGGGCACCUUGCCAACUCGGAGUUGUCCAAGGGGAAUCAGCCAAGUGCUUGAAGAGGUUUGUUGACAGCAAGAAACAGGACUCUGAUGCAUGACAGGAGGGAUUUGAAGAGGAGAGGGUGGGGGGUUUUAACAAAUCGUUUCUUUUAACUCGACCCCGGUAGUUCAAAAUCACUCUUCUCUUCUUUAGUCAAAUAAAAUAAAAUACAAAAAAUGGACAAGACAAAAAAAAAUUUAAAACAUAAUGACCAAAAAAUAAAGUUUUCAACUUAACUACAA